UCUCUCCCUCCCUCUGCAUCCUCUCACAUCCUCCAGCAGCAUCCACCUCUCCGGAUGUCCACAGCCGCCUGAUUCCCGCCCGGCCGCGGCAGCAGCACCAGAAAGAAGUGGCAGCGAUAAUGGUGAUCAGAGGAGGAAAAAAUGGAAAUAAUAUCUAUCAAGUGAGGAUGAUGCAGAGCGGGAUGAUGGUGAAGACAUGAGCACAUCCAGCAGAAUUGAUGGAGUCCUCUUUCAACGCCGUAGAGCUCCGGGAGCUGCGGGGCGGAGGAGGCCGGCGAGCUGUGUCCCCGCCCACGGUGGGCCCCGCCGCCCGGGGCUUCGAGAACGCCUCGUACCAGCAGGACGAGGAGCAAAACCAGCAGCAGCAGCAGCAGCAUCAGGGGCCGGCUGCGUCAGUGAGCUGUCCGGCCUCCUCUUCAAGCAACAACAAGCAGCAGCAUCAGGAGCUCUCCCCUCGGGCGUAUGAUGAGGAGGAAGGAGGUGGAGGGCCGGAGGACGGACAUGACUUCACUGAGGUGAACCCAGCUGACGACCACUCUGCGGACUAUGGCUUCAUCUUCGCCCUGGUGUUCCUAGUGAGCGGGAUCGUCCUGGUUGUCAUCGCCUACACCAUCCCGCGGGAGGCCAAAGUUGACCCGGACUCGGUGUCGGCCCGCCAGAUGGAGAAGCUGGAGAUGUACUACGCCCAGCUGGGCUCCCACCUGGAUAAGUGCAUCAUCGCAGGCCUGGGCCUGCUGACUCUGGGGGGGAUGUUCCUGUCUGUGCUGCUAAUGGUGUCCAUCUGCCGCGGCGAGAUGUACCGACGCAGGGCGGCGUUUGUUCGACCCAAAAGGACUUACGGCUCCAUCAACCUGAGGAUGAAGCAGCUGGCGACUGGAGAGGCGGGAGGAGGCGAGGGAGAGGGCGAGGGCGGGGACGGAGGCGAGGAGUUUUUGGUGGAACAUCCAGAGACUCGGAAUAACACACAGCCAGGACCGGGCCUGGACUCCAAAUCAGAACCGGGACCGAGCAGGCAUCCUCCCAGUGCUGCUUCUUCUUCUUCUUCUUCAGCUGCUGCACAUGGAGUCAACUAGCUGUCUUGCCUUCCUCUGAGUGAGCCCUCAGUUGCAAAAUGGGGACGCAGAAUGGUGCAGGUCCCUCAUUUGUGCCGACAGGAGAAGCACAUCUCGAGCACAAGGCCUUAGGAUGGAGCGACCCAGCUUUAACCCAGCAUUUUGGGAUGAAUCCAGAUUAUGGGAUAUUUAUUCUAACCAAUCAUAAGGGAUGUAUGACUUAAAGAGAGAGGGCUCGCUCCAGUAGAAGAUGAGAGGUAAGCCUGGUUGUGUAUCAAAGAUUAGAGCUCUAAUAUAAAUCCUAGUAUGUUAAUCAGAGACUGAGUUUUACAGUGAAAAGCACAUUGUGUCUGACAGAGCUGGAGGUUGGUCUCCACCACAGAAAGUAAGAUUUAUACUUAACUGAGAAAGUCUGGUGUUGAUUCUCAAUUAACAUUUAAAUCCUAAUCACAAGAUUAACCUUAACACAGACAUUAAAUAUCCGCUGAUGGAAAGUGUGAUGCUAGCUGUCACAAAUAAACUGAGGCAACAUUUUUGAAAAUAAUAUUUCCAGUCUGGUGUCACAUUUACACUCAGCGAUAAACAGACAAUAACAGUAUAGAAGAUAAAGCAUAAAAUAAUCUAAUAACAAACCCAUCAGUGUCAGAAACCUGCAGGAAACACAAUAAAAAAUCAAUUUAAACCUGCAGUAAGCAAUAUUUUUCUUUUAUUUCUCAUCAGCCUAAAAAAAACACACAAUCAGUCUCGAAUCAUGAUUUCACUGAACAAAAACAAAGAUAAGUGACACAUUAUUAGGAACAAAUGGAGAGUUAAUUCAUGUUUCUGUCUGUUGCUUUUUUUCACUGUUGGUCCAGAAAGUGUCGACCACAGCGAGCAACACUCCUCCAAUGAAUCUCUAGAUUCGUUCCCACUCACUGAAAACUGGACUUUGUGCCUCCUGGUGGUUGAAAAUAGCUUCAUGCAUCUUUAAAAUUUGGUAUUUUAAGGUGUUUUGCCGCUUUAAUUCACCAACUGGGACAAACUUUUAUUUAAGGAAAUGCAGUGAGAUGCAGAAGGAGGUGGGAAGCGAGGUGUUAGACUGAGAGGUGCAGAAGUGAAAUGAGUGACUGUUGAGAGCGUGACACACGUUACCCAGAAUGCACUUGCAGCUUUGGCAUCAGCAAUUCAAGAGCUCUUCUGCACACUCACUUGCUUUGAUGUUGAUGUUGUUAGUCUGUCAUCAUUUCCUUCAUCUUCUGGAUUUUGUGUUUUUUUUUCACUUGUUGGUGUGAAGAUUUUGUGGCCAGGUGCAAAUCGAUUCUGUUUUUAUCACAGUGGAAACAAGAUGAAGGAAAAGAUGGACAGGAAAGUCUUCACCAAGCUAAAUCAGUUUCUGAGAGAUUUACUCGGGAUCACAUGUUUGAAGUCGAUUCUCAGACACCUGGAGGAGAUGUGUCAUUUUGCAAGUGAUGAAACUAGAUGAGAAAAUCUGUGAAGUGAAGGCGUGAACGUCGGCCCCUCACCUCUCUCUCCCUCCUUUAACAUUUCCACUGCUGGUGGCUGAAGGCAGUGAAUUACAUUUUUUAACACAUGAAAUGUUGCUUUCAGCAAAUCCAAAAUUGCAAUGAAAUAACAACCACGAAAAACCUCCAAAAUAUCACGUCACAUAUCCAGUGUCUCAUGCUGCAUCGCCCAAAAACUGUUGCCUCUUGUUUACUAAUCAGCAGUUUCUGCUAGCAUCACCUUCCACUGUGUCGCAGUGGAUGUUUGUUUCAUGAUGCAAGUAAAUAUCCACUGACAGCAGCUCCUUCUCCCAAACAUUAAAAAACAUACGAAUGGUCAUAUUUGAUCUGACAUUAAAAGCUCCUAUAAGUCACUGCUGUUAUAAGAAAACUUUAAUUUCAGCUACAGUGACUUUCUGGUUUCAUUAAUUGAAAGUUGAAAGGAAUCCGAAACUGGACACGUCAUAAAAUCCACAAAAAAGUUGGUAAUAGAUUAAAGAAUAGAAACUAAUUCAUUUAAAAAACAAACAUCAAGGUGUCUUCUGAGUCUUUUUUCUAUCUGACUGCAGCUCUUAAUCUGGAGAAGAAGCUGCUUCUGACUGGAAUGAACCUAUGACACAGCGCCUACUUAUUUGUAUUAUAUGUAAACAGAUGUUAUUUAUGUCACGUAAGGAUACAAUAUGCCUUAAUGAGUAAACACAGACACUGUAAAUUGUGCAUACGCAAAUAUUAUUAUGCUAAUGUCUGUAUUGUGAGCAAAUUAGCCAAGGGUAAUGUAGCUACACACACACACACACACACACACACACACACACACACACUGACAUGCUAAUCUAAUUAAAGUAUGUACCACGUUUUUAUUUCACAGUACAAAUAUACUGUAAAUACAACAUGUAGACGUGUCGGAUGUAGAGGACCAGCUAAAGCUAACGCUCACAAACCAAAUACUCAACGCAGGUAUGCAACGUUUGGAAAACCUUGUCACAGACAGACCAGUCUCUUUCUGUCAGCAGCUAAUUAACCUUCAGCAGCAACUUAACGACUAAUUAAUGAAAGCAAAAAGAAACACACACAACUCUGUCAGGAGAAACUGAGCAGAUGAACAAUAGUUAACAUUCACAUGAAUUUAAUAACAAACGAUGAGUAGAUGUUUCAGCUGCAACUAACGACUAUUUCCAUCAUUGAUUAAUAGUUUAUUUGGUUCAUAAAAUAAAAAAAAUGAAUAAUUGAAUAUAAAAAAGUUUUUAAAAAAAUCCCAGAGCCCAACUUGACUUAUUUAAACAGCUUGUUUUGUCCGACCAAUAGUUCAAAACCCAAAGAUAUUAAUUAGUUAAUUAGUUAAUAAUACAUGUAUAAAUACAAUAUAUACAGAGAAAACCAGCACAUAUCCACUUUUUAAUAACUGGAACCAGUGAAUUAUUUCAGAUUUGUUUUUGGUUUUGCUCAAAAAUUCUAGUAAUUAUGAAAAUAGUUUCUGUAAAUCAAAUAAUUGAUUAAUUGAAAUUACUAUCGGUUAAUUGGUUAAUGUCAGAAAAUAGUGAUACCACCACUUACAAAAUUUUCAAAUUACUACCCAGAAGCCCACAAAGAAAUUAUUUGUCAAAUCAUCAACUAAUUGUAGCAGCUGCAGCAGAUUUACAGUAGAUGAAAUUCUACCUGUGAAUUAUAUGUGAAUUUAAUAUUAAGAAGGAACGAUUUGCCAAUUACUCAGAUACUUUGAUCCCUGUCUGUCUCUGCUGAUGCGUCCUGGAGUAAGAAAACACUUGUCUCUGUAUCAGGGUACCAGUACCUGUGUUGUCAUGGUUACAAUAAUAAAGACGCGUACGACUGUACCGACGGCGACGCACCCACCUUCAUCGCCAUGGUUACUUAUAAUAACAGUGAUGGCCUGGUUAGGUUCAGGAAAAGAUGGUGAUUUGGGUUUAAAUAAGUAGUUGUUGUCAUGGUUACAAUAAUCGAACGGACGUGGACUUUGUCUCUCUUUAUACCACGUCACCGACACUUUUCCCUUUGCUCCUUCCAUCAUUACUUAGACCACUUGUCGCCUAGCAACAAAACAUAACUAUGGGUCAUAAUCACAGACGACCUGUGGGCCUUAUAGUCUCUUAAAAACCUGUGAGUGUGACAUCUGUGCUUUCAUCCGGUUGAUGGUUGAUUUUUAGUUUGAGCCCAAAGUUCAACAGUAAAACAAAAUGGCGUACGACAUGUUGUCAUUUCUUUUUAACCCUCUGAGGUCUGAGCACAUUUUCUUGAUUUCUUAAAUUCACCUUUAAAGGUGUCAUGGUUUGCCAUGGCAGACACUUUUUGUUAGUUUGUUUAGAUUUUGUCACUUCCUGUUUUAUUUUGUAGUUGGUUUCCUUGUGUGUCUCAAUGUUUUUACUUCCUGUCUUGAUCCUGUUUCUCUGUGUGGUGAUUGUCUGCCCCGCCCUAAUAUGUUUCACCUGUGUUCAAUCACCUUUGCCUCCCUCGUGUCUAUAUAGUCUUUGUGCUUCCCUUUGUCUGUUCAUGUUCUGGUUUGUCCUCAGUCUGUUCAUGUUCUGUCAUGUUGUGGUAAGGCUGGACCCAAAUGCAGCCACACAGGGGAAUGAGGUGCAGAAAAUGUUUAAUAACAGAAGAACCGACUGGUGAACCACAGAAAAGGAAACUGAAGCACGAGGGUUACACAAAGAACUUAAACAGCAGGCCAAAACACCAGGAACCACAGGGGGGACAACAGGAGACAUGAACCUGCAACACCACACAGAAAAACAGGACCGAGACAGGAAGUAAAAACAUUAAGACACACAAAGAAACCAACUACAAAAUAAAACAGGAAGGUGACAAAAUCCAAACAAAAUAACAAAAAGUGUCUGCCAUGGCAAACCAUGACAGAAGGAUAAUAAAUGUCUAAAAUGAAAAGUGUUUUUAUAUUUUAAUUUUAGAGGGUUUGAGUCAUAUAGACAUUUAAUUUUAACGACAUUUAAACCAUAUUUCUACGCUGCAGGAUAUUAACAGAAACAUCCAUCGACCUCAGAGGGUUAAAUCAAGUUUUAAGACGACUUCUAUCUAAGGUGAUGUAGUUACAACGAGCACGACAGCAGCUUCGCUUCAUUUUCAAAUCAAAUUACUAAGUCGAACUGUUCCUGUGAUUUCAUUAUGACUGUGUUUGGAGGAAGAGUUUAACAGAGGCAGGGGAGCGAAGUGAAGCGAGUGAGGGGAAGGGAUGAAGACGUGGAGAGGCAGUAGGAUGCAGCAGAGUUUCUGGAUGACGUGAGCUGAUUCUUGAAGAGAGAGAUUUUCAUCUCGAGGGGGAAGACGAGGAGUGACUCUGCACGAAGCUAAACACAGUCAGGUUUCCCCGCUCGCCUCCAGGCGGCCGCCAACGACAGCACAGGAAUAAACUGACACGACUGAGUUAACGAAGGCCGAGAGAGACGGACAGUGUGGGUCUGCUGUAACCUGCAGGUCCUCAUUAGUGGGGGAAACAGCACAGCAGCAGACACACAACAUGAUAGAGGGAGCGCUUGUUGUCGCUGGUUCGCCUCACAGGUCGGACGCACAGGAAGAAAACGUGUUUGAAAGGGUUUCCAGAGUCGGUUUAGUUUCAUGGAUCGAUAGAUUCAGGUCAGGAGGAAACACAAAGUCUGUGGAGAAACUGGAUUCUGCCAAUUUUAAACAUCAGAGUCUGGCUCUUGUGCUGGAGAGCAGCAUUUAGCCUUUGUUGGCUCCUGUGUGAAGUGAGCUCACCACGCCUCUGUAGCUCGCUCCUCGUCUCUGCUCCAAGCUCCAGGCUGCAUUAGCUUUGUUCAUGUCACAUCGUUAAACUGUAAUUAUGAGCAGCCGAGCGGGAAAAGCUAUGACUCAGAGAUAUUGGGAAUUUAACGUAGUUGAAAAGAAACACUGACAUGCCGACAAACUGUUUGAGGACUGUCACCUUUUUCUACCUACUUCAGUUUGUUUAUAUGUGGUUUCACUUCUACGCCAUAAUCAGCAGGUAUAAUCGGGUAUUUUAAAUGCGGGUAAACUCCUUUUACACUGCCAGCCGAGUUGCCUGAGAGGACACACGACUACAGGGAACAAUGUCAUCACAUGCAGCUACACGCUUCAACCAAUCAUUGUGUGUUUUUGAAACUUAUGUCAAGGCUGCAGCUUCACUCUUUCAUCCCGGAGCAGUGCAGCUGCGGUGUUUCUGAUCUAUGAGCACCGUGCUGGGCAGGUGACAGGUGUGUUUACAGUGUUUGUGCUCUGAAAGACUGAAAGGGGCGAAAAUUAGUGUGUUCCCCGAGUGUUACAGCGGGGUUAGGGUUAGUGUUUAGGUCACUGCUGAUCGGAGCCGGAGCCAAUGAAUACCCACGUGAAUUAAAGGGAUGGUUCACGCAGAACACAUAAAAAGAUUUUUUUUUUAUAGAUUUUCUUUUUAAUUUUUGUUAUUUUUUAUAUUUUUAUAACUACUUCUUAGAUAAAAAAGUGCAUCCAAUAAACACUUCUGACAGCUGGGUCUGUGGGUAAUUCAUAGUAACUCUAAGACAUGAUCCUGUUGAAUCAUUUUCCAUUCACUUUCAUUGUAUUGUGAAAAGGCAGACAUCUUGGAAACCUGGGCAAAUAAGGCAAGACUAUAUCCAUAAUAAUAAUAAUCUUAUAAAAUAACAAAUUUUAUCAAUAAGAAUGAAAGAACCAGGAUUUUGCUCUUUUGAAUGACACCAUUUCCACCUGCUAUUGAAGGUGUGUGUUGUCUGUCACUGAUCCCAGCACGUCGUCCAUAUUAAUUCCCUUCAUCAGACUGAAGGUGAACUGUGAACUGCUGGUGAAUAGAGAGAGGUGGGUGAGAGGGAGAACAGAGAGUAACACAGAGCAUCCAUGGAUGGAUGUUGAAGAGCAGAGGAAGACGGAGGACGGACACGUGAGUCUGGUGCAUCUGAAAAGACUGAAGCCGUUUUCCUCUCUUCCUCUGUGACGCGUUUGAAUGUCAAGACCGAACACGAGCGGCUCAGCCAAAGACACACAGAGAAAAUCAAUCUUUAUUCUGUCGGCAGCGCGAUGACUCCGUUACCAUAGAAAUAGUCUAUUUAUAUCAAGGAUGGUUGGAGGAGCGGUUCUCGGGUGUCAUGGAAAGUCCUUGUGAGGACAUGACAGAGGAGACACAGUCCGUCUGUGAGGGAAUAAAAGAAUUUUAGUACAACUCGUCUGUAGGUGGAAGUUUAAUUCAACAAGACGGAGUAGAGACAGACAUGGAGGAUAAAACACAAAUAACUUCACUAUGCUAAUGCAUAAAAACUUAACACAUAAAUUACAUUUUAGAUGUGUCUGAAAACCUCUUGUGGCCACUCAAACAGCGAGUGUCCUCUCCAAGAACUAAACCCCCCCCCCCAUACUGAGGGGCCAGAGGUCAGAGGUCAGCUGCAGCACAGUGUUCCCACAGCUGCUUGCGAUUCAGUACUUUACUCAAGGACACUUCAGCAGAGAGCAGGGUUUUGACCCUGAGCUUAAACUCAUUAAUCACUACACAUCCUGCCGCAGCAGAAACAACCAGCGAAGGUCGUUAGAGCCGAGGAGAACGAGCUCCUGCUGAAAACCUCUAACAUCAAAUAAAAUAAACCACAACACACAGAAAAUAGAGAAGAACAUCAGUUUGUGCUUAACAUCAUCAACGUAAUCAAACCGACCACUGAACACAGCCAGACCGACGUCCUCCCUCCUCACAGGCGGACGCUUCCCUUUAUGUACAGAUAUAAUAUGCACAAAUGUAACACACAGCAGUAGCAUUUUACUCAGAGACUCAAUGAAUGUACAAAAUAAACACAGUAAUGCAGGAGGUGGCGCCAACGCAGCAGUGUCACGCAAUAUCACGAUAAAUGUGUCGCUCGCACGGUUCACAUGGUGUAAACAGUCACAUGAUUUCAGUGGAAACACACAUGUACAAACAUUCCUGUUCUUUUAUUUCUUAUUCUGUCCUGAACGUACAGAGGUUUAUCUAAGAUGUAUAUUUAAUAAAGCGAUAUUUCACACGGGGAAUAUUAUAAAUUAACUUAUUGCCCUUUGAAUUUAUUUAAAGAGUAUUUAUUAUCAUCAUUACCACCUGCUCAUGAGUCGUAGUGACUAAACAAACCUACAGUCACCUUUUAAGAAAAGUGAAUAUGGAGAAAAGCCUUCAAAAUAAAAGCAACAAGAGAGUAACAGAUGGCCUGGGUUAUCCUCCGUUAGCAGCCGACUCUUCAUGAAUUUAAAUGAAUAAAAACUAUUCUGUCCAGGUGAAAUAUCGCUUUAAAAACCAGAAGGAAAUGAUGAAUAUUAAAGUUUAUGAAAUGUAUGAAACAAAUGUAUCCUGUGGCCUGAGAAAGACGUCGUGUCUCUGUUUGUGAAUCUUUUGAAAUCGAUAUAUGACAAUGAAAGUAACGUUUAGCACAGAACAAAUAGCAUAAUGAAAACUAAAGGGAUAUGUCACUUUUAUUUGAAAGGUCAUUAGUUUUUCUUUAAGCUGGUGGAAAUGUUUAUGGAUGAUAGAGUUAAUAUAAGGAAAUCAGUGUGUCUGUAGAUAUUUGACCUAAAUGAUAUUACUGUAAAACCAGGGUUUGAGACUGUUAAAAAGCAGACGGAGGUUUAAUAUGAUUAGAGCUCUUUUGCUUUUUUUUUUUGCAUUUUUCUCGACACAUUCUGUGAAAAACAGGUGAUGACUUUUUCUGAUCUUUUUAAAGUCGUCCACUUCUUCAAGAAUCUUUGUGGUGAAAAGUUGAAAACAAUUUUAAAUAUAAAACAAUAUUUUCUGUUUUCAGAUCAACUAAUCAAAGGAAAACUUUCACACAGUUGAUCUGGUUCAGGCGUAUUCACAUUACAGUGGAAAAACAUCGGUCUUGUACAGUAUUUACCGCCCCAGGACUCCUGGUGGCGCUGUAUUAAACGGCACUGCAGUUCCUCUAACGACCACUAGAGUCUGGCUCCAACAGUGAGUCAGUCUCCAUAGACUCCCAUGUUAAAAUGUCCAAAUUUACAGCAGAAAUAAACAAGUUUACAGCCUGGUACAAACCCUUUAAAUUUUAUUAAGGCUUAAAGUUAUGGAGAAUUGAGGGUGUGGCCUAUUUGGGUGACAUGGGUGAGUGUAUGUUUGCCCCUCCUCUUUGACCAUAUUUGGAAUAGCUGAGAGUUAAGGGGCGGAGUCAGACACUGUCAAGAUGGCGACUGUGGAGCAGCUCACUCUGAGCUUCAAAACCGCACCAGGUUGUAACGUCCUCAGUGGACACCUGCAUGAAUAUGAUUGGAUGUUGGCCACACAGAUUGUGAAUGAGCCAAUCAUUGUGAAGCGUAUCAGCCACAGUGCUCUGCCUGAACUCACUGAGAGACACCGGUGACUGCAGGUCAAAGUUCAACAAAUGUGAACUCUGGGUGAAGAGCUGAAACAAAAUGGAGGAGAUGCUGUUUUUUUCUGUGACAAUGUGAAUACGACUUCAGGCAGCACUUUUACUCCCCGACAGAAACGUGGGAGUUUGAAGCUUCUGUCUGAUGAAACAGGAAUGUUCUUUUGUCUAAAGCCAUGUUUCAAAGACGACUUUAUAUGAUUUGUACUUUUGGAUCAAAUAUUUGUCAGCUUUACAAAAUCAGCAACUGUGAAGAAGAGUGAAGAACAACUCCUGUUUUCAUUUUUAUUUUAUUUCAGUCGAUGAAUCGUCUGUAACAUGUUUUAUCUUGUUCUGUUUUUGAUUGAAAGAACAAUCAAAUUCUAAUUGAAAUGUCCUCAACUGCACAGAAACCUGGUUUGCCAGAUGGUGUGAAGAGCACAGUCACUUGUGUAGAGUGUUUAACUGUAGUUUGUCGUUAAAAUGAUGUCAUCAUGAUGUCAUCAUGUCAUAAUUGGAUCCAUGUUUCUUUGUGACAAUUAUUUGUUACCAUUUUGCGAAUCUAUACAAUCACACUCCAGAUAAACAUUCCUCAAAUAAGGAUUGAAUGUAUGGAAUAUGGAAAAUUUUAAAUGUUCAAUAAGUGAUCGAACAAAUAUAAAUAUAUCUGUGUCAUCAUUUAGAGAAAUCUCUUACCUUUGGUCCCGACUCACAGUGAAAGAAAACGCUGCUUUGUGCUUCAGGAGGCCGGUGAAGCUGCAUGUUGUAAGUGUGUGACGCUGUAAAGGUCUGAUGCCUUGUUCCUGUGCGUACUGAGAGCUGUAAACUGUAUGUUAACGACGAUGCUGAUUUUUAAGUAUGAUUUUCUUAACGUGACCAAUAAAAAAAGUUCUGUUUUGC